AUGCCGCCCGUUAUUGCAGACCCCCAAUCUACUCAUUCGUCCAGAACUGUGGUAUCGCGUCGACGGACCCAAAUUUCUUUGAACGUCAUGUCAGAUCCGGCCCCCACACUCAUGUCUGAUCUGCCGCUGGAUUACGUGAUUUCGUUUUCACUAAGGUCACUGCGCCACGAGGCACGCCGGAUCAUUGAAUGGUUUCAAGACCACACCGACGGCAAUCAGUGGAUUGUGGUUAUUGGCCUGACAUCAAUAUUAAUUGAAACCCUCACGACCGGCCGCAACGCGCUUAACGGUGUCCCGUAUCGUUUCCAAUGGGAGGGCACGACUGGCCUCAUCAAGGUUGUCCCCAGAGGAGAACAUGAGAUCGCUACAUCACAGUUCACUACGGUAAUCCACGAUGAACUCAAAGCUAUGGGCCUCCCUCUGGCAAAGAAGCUGACAACUCGUACUUGCCCCCCCUCUCGCCAUACACGACCCAUUGAAAACGCAGGCUAUCCAUCACUUGUGAUUGAAACAGGUGUCUCUGAGUCGCUUGGUCGGCUGCGUCAGGAUGCACGAAAAUGGUUCGCAGAUUCCGCAGGUGACGUCCGGAUCGUCAUCCUCAUCCAUGCGAGUGAGAACAUUGUGUGCUUCGAGCAGUGGCAGUUGGCCCCGAGUACUGCACCCCGCCCGCUAAACAAGAGAUACAUCGAUACCCUCCGCGCAGAAACUCCCAACAUCCCACCACUAACCGGACAGCCGGCACAACUUCAGCAAGUCUACUGCGCCAACCAAGUUGAUGUCACCAGAAAUUCUGUUCCCGGAAUGCCGAAUGUUAUAGAUGGUGCUCCCAUGGUCCUCCCCUUCAUUGCAAUCCACGAUCGCCCCCCAGGUCCAGGGGAGUGGGACAUCGAGAUCGGGCAACAAGAAUUCGAUGAUAUUGCAGACUUGCUACUCUAA